GGCAGCAGGGUGGAGCAGCAGACGGACCGCAGCAGCAGCAGCAGCAGCAGCAGCAGCAUCAGGAGGAAGGAUGAUGGAUGGAGAUUCUGCCCCAGUCAAAGAUGGCCCCGCCCCGGAGGGGCAAAGCAUGAGGGGAGAACUAGAAUCUGCCGGAGUUCUGGAGAAACUCCCGAACGGAAGCGCAGGGCAGCAGGAGGAGGAAGGAGGAGAGAGAAGGAAGGACAGACAGGAGGAGGAAGAGGAGGAGGGGAGGAGGAACUACUCCUCUGCACCUCUCUCUGGAGAUCCUGUAGGAACCGGUCAGGAUGAAAAUACAAACAGUCAUGAACAGGUAGACGAGGUGAAGAAAGAAGAGAGAGAAGAAAUGACCCACAGUGAGGAGGAGGAGGAGAUUAAGGAGCAGCUUCCUUCCUCCACCAGUAUUUCUCCUACCCAACAGGAGGAACAAGUCCAAGAAAAGGAAGACAUCAUAGAGGAGCAGGGUGGAAGGACCGGAGAGGAGGGUUCCUGCUCCUCUCCAGCAUCUCCUCCACGUGAAGCAAGAGUCGACAACAAUGACGAGACAACGGAAGAGAAAUUGGAAGGUGAGGAGGUGCCUUUAGCCGAGGAGAUCCAGGAGGAGUCUACAGAGAUCUCAGAUCUCCAAAAGAAUACCUCCUCCCAUCAACAACCUCCAGCAGAGGGAAACCAUCUAGCUCAUCCUUCAGAGGAGAACCUGAUCGGGUCCGAGGCGCACUGUAACCAUAAAACUAGCACCUUACUGGACCCAGAACCUCCUGCAGAGAAGAACCCAGAUGCUUCUACACAGGAGAACCACUCCGAUCCUCUCCUGGCUCACCAGGAGCUCCCAGCCAACAAAACUCCCGCUGCUCCUGCCUCUAAAACCAGAGCGCCCCCUGCAGGUGCAAGACAAAGACACAAAGAAAACUCCCCCUCUGCUCCUCUUAGAAGAUCAGGCGCUCCUCCUCCCCUCAAAGGUAAAGCGGCGGUGAAGGAGACAGCUGAUGAAGCUGGGGAGGUCUCCAGGGCAGCAGGGGGCAGCAGAGCCGCAAAGAUGAUCUCAGGCAAGAGCACAGAGUCCGUCGAUGGCGUCAACAGUCCAGGAAGUCGCUCCCCUGCCAGCAGAUCGUCCACCCCCAACAGAGAUGUGAAAAAGGUGGCAGUGGUCCGAACACCCCCCAGAUCUCCUGGUUCCACUCGUGGCCGGACACCUCCCCUCACCUCCCACCCAAUGCCUGACCUCAGCGGCGUCAAAUCUAAAAUUGGAUCCACGGAGAAUCUGAAGCACUCACCUGGAGGGGGCAAGGUUCACAUUGUCAACAAGAAGCUUGAUCUGAGCAACGUGUCAUCAAAGUGUGGGUCUAAGGAGAACCUUCACCACAAGCCAGGUGGAGGGAAAGUGGAGAUCAAGUCUGAGAAGGUGGAUUUUAAAACUGUUCAGUCCAAAGUGGGUUCCCUGGAAAACGUCACCCACGUUCCAGGAGGAGGGAAGAAGAAGAUCGAGAGCCACAAGCUGACGUUCAGAGAGAGCGCCAAGGCUAGAACUGACCAUGGUGCUGAAAUCAUCAUUCAGGAAGAUUCUUCCCCUCGUCGCCUUAGCAACACUUCCUCCCAUGGAAGCCUUAACACUACUGAAGCUCCUCCCCUCGAUACCCUGGCCGACCAGGUGUCUGCAUCCCUCGCCAAACAAGGCCUGUGAUGGAUCCAGCUCCGUGCCUGCAAAUCCCGCCCUCUUUGUUACCAAGGAAACCAACAGACCAGAAAGAAAAUAUUUCUUCCUUCUUCAUCUCAUAAAGUUAAACUGUGAUUGGAGAGAUGUUGUGAUUCAGAGUUAGUCAGCCACGAAAGUCUCAGGAGGACAGGAACCAAUCAUGCUCGUGCCGAGUCCGGUUCUUUCAGAGCAGCUUAUGCCAACCCUACAGGAACCUGGUUUCCUUCGCCAGGCCUGGGAAGUUCAGGUGAUCAGCAAUUUCCCCGAGUGAAUCUAUUUUAUCUUUCUGGCUAGCGCAGGUUCUGGUUCAUUCACCUCUUUAGAAACUCCUGCUUCAUCCAUCACCCAGAAGGAAGUGUUGGUUUGAUGUCAUGAUGCAAACCCCAGGUGACCCGUAGAGGCGGUAGGUGGACUAAAUGUUUGAGGGAAUUGAACAAGUAAGACCUUAAGCAGAGUCAUAAAGAUGAUGAAGGGGAAAUUAUGAUUUUUAAAUAAAUCCGUGAAAAAAAGGGAGACAUUUGGAUAUAAAUCAGGUUGACGUGAAACAAUUAGCGCAUGAGCGCCCCCUACUAUCCAGUCCCAGCUGAGCUCUGGAUCAGCUAAUUCUGUUAGUUUAGAUGAAGGAAUGACUAAAAGAUCUUGCUUGGAGAAAAAUAGAAUCAGAGCAGCUUUAGGAUAAAAAGAAAACAAAACAUGGUGCUCAUUUUUAACAGAAUAAAUUUAGUUUCCCAUGAAAUAAACCAGAGCAGCUGUCCCAGAAACCAUAAGAAAUCCAGGGUUGAUCUUAGGCACCGAUUUUAACAGAUCAUAUUUUAGCUUCUUCAGUAUCAGUGGAGGCCAAGUGGAUCCUGUGAUUGGAGGCCAAGUG